AACAGUUAUGUUCGUGUAAAAUUAUGCUAACUAUUGUUGUUGAAACAGUAACUGGAUUUCCGUUUUUGAAGUAUGGUGUUGAAUUAAUUUCGUUCUACUGCAAUUGGAAAUUUACCGACCUGUCAACAAAGUUUGAGUGGCAAAGGAAUGUCGCAUCAUGAUCCUUGUGGCCUACUUAAUCCUAGCUAUACUUCCUUCGACUCAGACUCAUUCAGCUGUAUUGCCUUCAGCUGACACUCGGAGAGUUACACCUUGUCCUAAAGCUGACGGCUAUGUGCACUGUUAUAUAUGCACGUCAGUAGCUGGCUCGGACGACCACCACUGCGGCGACCCAUUCAACGCGACAUCCCACAACACCAAGGUAACGAUCAAAACCUGCAAAGGCUACUGCGCCAAGUGGAUUACAGAUUCAUUAUCAGGUUCACUACGCAUCACAAGAAUGUGUUCUAGCGCGCUCAAAAUGAACAUGCUAAAAGACACGGUGUGUAUGCGGGAGAGAGGUUCUGAGAAUGGUCAGCUGUGUUUUUGUGAUCAAGACUUUUGCAACUCUGUUGCGCGUCAUUCAACGUCUUUACUGAACACUGCAGUUUUAUUAUACAGCGGAUUCUUACUUUCGUUCUUCGGUCACAGCUAGAGAGUCUCGGAGAGUGGACAGCUGUGUUUUUGUGAUCAAGACCUCUGUAACUCUCGCGUCAUUCCAAGUCUUUACUCAACAUUACAGUUUUAUUAUACAGCGGAUUCUUAAUUUCGUUCUUCGGUCACAGCUAGAGAGUCUCGGAGAGUGGACAGCUGUGUUUUUGUGAUCAAGACCUCUGUAACUCUCGCGUCAUUCCAAGUCUUUACUCAACAUUACAGUUUUAUUAUACAGCGGAUUCUUAAUUUCGUUCUUCGGUCACAGCUAGAGAGUCUCGGAGAGUGGACAGCUGUGUUUUUGUGAUCAAGACCUCUGUAACUCUCGCGUCAUUCCAAGUCUUUACUCAACAUUACAGUUUUAUUAUACAGCGGAUUCUUA